CACCAGCACGCUCACGCCAUGGCUGAAGCAGGCAGCUCGACCCAGCAGUACUCGCCAGAGAAGGAGCAGGCCCUCCAGGCCUACCGUCGGAAACUCAAGGAGCACGAGGAGCUCGACACCAACCUCAAGAAGAUCCGCCUCUCGCUCAAGGACCUCGAGCGCGACUUCGACAAGUCCGAGGACGACAUCAAGGCCCUUCAGUCGGUCGGCCAGAUCGUCGGCGAGGUCCUCAAGCAGCUUGACGAGGAGCGAUUCAUCGUCAAGGCGUCGUCCGGCCCGCGCUAUGUCGUCGGCUGCAGGAGUGCCGUCCCCAAGGACAAGCUCAAGAACGGCAUUCGCGUCUCGCUCGACAUGACGACCCUCACCAUCAUGCGCAUCCUGCCGACCGAGGUCGACCCGCUCGUGUACAACAUGACGAUGGAGGACCCGUCUGGCGCGAGCUUUGGCGGCGUCGGUGGUCUCGGUGACCAGAUCCGCGAGUUGCGAGAGGUGAUCGAGCUACCGUUGAUGAACCCGGAACUCUUCAUGCGCGUCGGCAUCAAGCCACCAAAGGGUGUCCUCCUGUACGGCCCUCCCGGUACGGGCAAGACGCUCCUCGCCAAGGCCGUCGCGGCGACGCUGUCGACCAACUUCCUCAAGGUCGUCUCGUCGGCCAUUGUCGACAAGUACAUUGGCGAGUCGGCGCGCCUCAUCCGCGAGAUGUUCAGCUACGCCAAGGAGCACGAGCCGUGCAUCAUCUUCAUGGACGAGAUCGACGCCAUCGGCGGCCGCAGGUUCAGCGAGGGCACGUCGGCCGACCGCGAGAUCCAGCGCACCCUCAUGGAGCUCCUCAACCAGCUCGACGGCUUCGACUACCUCGGCAGGACCAAGGUCAUCUUUGCCACCAACCGGCCCGACACGCUCGACCCGGCGCUCAUGCGCCCGGGCCGCAUCGACCGAAAGAUCGAGAUUCCCCUCCCGAACGAGGUGGCGCGCAUGGAGAUUCUCAAGAUCCACGCCCAGCCGAUCCGCAAGUCGGGCGAGAUCGACUACGAGGCUGUCGUUAAGCUGUCCGAGGGCUUCAACGGCGCCGACUUGCGCAACCUGUGCACCGAGGCCGGCAUGUUUGCCAUCCGCGACGAGCGGGAUUACUGCGUCCAGGACGACUUCCUCAAGGGCGCGCGCAAGCUGCAGGACGCCAAGAAGCAUGAGACGAUCUUGGAGUACGACGAUGUCUGAUCUCGAGGACAAGGAUGAGGAGGAGGGCCUUGCUCGAGUCUGCAACGACGUGCCCGCUUUCGUGACCCUA